GUUCUGGUCAAUGACUGGAGUAUUGCUCUGACACACGACCGCCUGUUCAUCCUUGCCAUGAUGCACUCAACUCGCACCCUCUCUCUGUCGGCCAUAGCGCUGUACCUGGCAAACUCGGCGAGCGCGCAGACAGCAGCGUCGGCGUUGGCGUCGGCGUUGUCUCUCACGACGAGCACCUCGCUGCCGUUCCCAACCGCGACCCUCGGCGCCUCCGACGCCAACACCUUCAUCGUUCAAGGCUGGUCCUUGAGCAAAGGACGCAUCCAGAACGGCGCAGACCGAAUAGCGUUCGUCAACGAUCCCUUUACGUCUUCCAUCACUGCGUCGGCGUCUGGCACGGUCACCACAUCCAGUACACCCUCGGGUCCGCAAAUAAUCUCCGCCUCAGGCGUGACCGUGAUCACCUCAGCGGUCUCGCCUGCAGCCACCCCAACGUCUACCGGACCAGUGCUCAAGGUCACAUACCCGGCCAAUGCGUUUGGUUCGAAUUCGUCCGGCAUGCAGCUGGAGAACCUAUGGAACACAUCCGACGGGUCCGCUUUCGACAGCAUGGUGCUCUCGUACGAGGUCGCAUUCGACCAGGGCUUCGAGUUCGUCAAGGGCGGGAAAAUGGCUGGUUUAAGGGGAGGACAGAACCACACGGGAUGCAGUGGAGGCAACAAGCCUAACGGGACCGACUGCUUCAGCACGAGAACGAUGUGGAGGAAAGGGGGUGCCGGAGAGGUGUAUGCGUACAUUCCGACGCCAAACGGGCUCUGCAAAGACGACGACAUCAUUUGCAAUUCCGACUUCGGGACGAGCAUUCAUCGAGGAUCGUUCAGCUUCUUGGCUGGAGAGUGGAACCGAAUCACUCUGGUCGUUCAGAUGAACGAUCCUGUAGACACCGCGAACGGAAAUGUCGAGCUCUACUACAACGACGUGAAGGCGUUCCAGCAAGACAACCUUCAGCUUCGCGCUAGCAAAUCUGUCAAUAUCAAUGGACUCUACUUAUCUACAUUCUAUGGUGGAUCUGACUCUUCCUGGGCGCCAUCGUCCGAAAUGCACACCUACUUCCGUAACUUCCAGAUGUGGGGCGGAUCCUCAGCAUCCAACCUAACUGGCGCACACGUCAGUGCAAGCAUCUCGAGCAGAUCUACCGUCAGCCUCGCGUCGUUAAUGGUGGCUGGUCUGGCUUCGAUCAUAGCAAUGGCAUGGGUAUGAGGACGAUCUUCAGCUCACGUUUUUGAUGGAUUAGUUCUCUCUGUGAUUGUAGACAUGUUUAUGAUACCCACCAAGGACCUAUUUACCGGACAGCUAGCGGAGGCUGGCACAGAAAUCUGGAUAUCAAUGUAACAACCACAUGAUCGUUCG